GAGCGUAUACCCAGACAAGGAGCUUCCCCUUUGAAAGGCGCCGCCCCUUCUGUGAACUCAGAUACUACAUACAGUGCUUCGUAAACCCCAAGAGAAUGCUUGACCUUCUCGUGUGAGGUUGCUGUUCAACACACGGUACGAUUUACGGUCGACGCAUCGAUGCAGUUCCGCUGUCGGCAUCGUGCUCAUCUGGUCGAAAGGCUAUGGAAGUGGAGGUGCUGGUAUUUUGAAGGAUAAAUGCGUCCUGAAGGUUGAAUACAAGGCUGGGAUUGGGGGUCGAGGCUGCGGAUGCAUGAGGGAUGGUACUUGUGGUGCGCGUGAUCUAUUUAGGCAUGACGUACGUCCAAGCGCUUCCCCGCCCCCCAAAACCAGGCAGUCACAACAGUACCGCUCUUCCACCAUAACACCGAAGUUAAACCUCUCAGAACCCUCUUAGACACCAAAACCUAGUAUCAAAGUACCAUCAAGAUGUUCAACUACGCCCUCGCCGCUCUACUGCAGCUAUCCAUGUUCCUCCUCGUCGAGGCUGCGCCCGUCACUGUCCAAAGCGCCAAACCGUGGCAAGCUGGUACAGGUGGCGGUAUACUUGGUUUUAUUGUGCUUGUUCUGGACAUCAUCGCAUGGAUUGAAAUCUUCAAGUCAAACCGCCCUGUUUCCGGCAAGGUGAUCUGGGCUCUCGUCGUGUUCCUCUUCCCGGUCGUCGGCAUGAUCAUCUACUACCUCUUCUCCAACCGCCAGGCCCACAACACGUACGAGCCUAUCAGCACAUAAGCGACGAUCAGGCCAAACGUACACAUGCCCCACUGC